AAAGAUGCGAUUUCUGCUCCGGUGGACUGCUCCACUUGUGGAAAAACUUUUCCCAAUGCAAAAGCCCUGCGGGUGCAUGAAGGGGAUCCAUUUUCCCCCGGAGCAGCUGCCCUGCGAACUGUGUUCCCGGACUUUCGAGUGCGAGGCUGUGCUGGCAGAUCACGUGAUGAUGCAUAGCACAGAUGGUGAACUGGAGGUCGCUUGCAACUCGGGCGAGGAUGGGAACAAUAUUUUUGUCUGAACUGGAAACUUACCCCGAUUGGGUAUUGAAUCUGACUUGUAAUCUUUGAAUAAAGUGAUUACUAUGGGA